AUGGCAAGCGAUUCUGUCCGCCUUCGAGACCUCGCGUCUCUCGUGGACCGCAAGAUAAAAUCACUCAUCAACAAUGACCUAAAGGAAAUUUGUCGUCAAGAGGGUCUGCAGGUGUCUGGCGUAAAGGCCGCUCUGCAGAAGCGCAUCUCUGAAGAAGCACUCGAGCGAUUGCGCUACCGAGCCGAGCACCAAGGUCGCACGCCUCCAGCACAAAGUCAUCAGCCUUCGCUGGCCCGCGAUACCAUCACUCCCAUUUCUCCAGCUCCGCAUACUACCGCCGGCAUGCCUGCCUAUUCAAGGCCUGCUGGCUUGUCUCAAUAUCGACAGGCCCAGCCAGUGCGCACAGCCGCUCCCUCGCGUGCCUCGGUCAAGUUCAGAGAGAGUCCCUUCUAUCAGAUCAAAGAAGCACUCGCACCUACCAAAGAACUCAGAUCCNNAGAAAUGCCACACAAUCGUCAUACGCUAGACGAGAAGGUCUUCCUCAACGAACCCACUUGUACAUCCCUCAAAGCCGAUCCUUCUCUGCGUGUCAUGCUCUACUGCACUACUACCUCGACUCUGGGUCCUUACGCCUUCAAUGUUGAUAUAGCCUUCCCGAGUCAGAUCGAGGUCAAGGUCAACGGUGACGAAGUGCGCAAAAGCUUCAAGGGCUUGAAGAACAAGCCUGGUACCACCAAACCUGUCGACAUAACCGAUCUCAUCCGCAAGAUACCCAAUUAUCAGAACGUCAUCCAAGUGACUUAUGCGCUCACGAAAGAAGUGUUCGAANNGCGAUUUUCUCUUAUGGUUAACCUCGUCAAGUUGACAUCUGCAAACGACCUCGCAACCCGACUUAAGCAAACGGGAAGCAGGAUUCCGAGAGAUACUGUGCUUCGAGAAAGUAGGUUCUCCAGACGUUGGUUCCUGCGCCAUGCAAAGCUGACUUUACACCCCNNAGUGGCGGCCAAAGCACAAGACCCAGAUAUUGUCACCACUUCUACCGUCAUGUCACUCAAGGAUCCUAUCUCAACCAUGCGCAUCAAUAUUCCUUGCAGAUCCAAUGUUUGCUCGCACAACCAGUGCUUCGAUGGCUCGUACUUCUUGCAACUCCAGGAACAGGCACCAACUUGGACAUGUCCCGUCUGCAACAAGACUCUCUCUUACCAGAGCCUCUGUGUCGACAACUAUGUACAAGACAUCUUACAGAACACCUCUAGCUCUGUCGAUCAAGUCACGAUCGAGCCUGAUGGACAGUGGAAAGCAAUCGACCAGGGAGACGAUACCAACAGCCGUCAAAAGUCUCAGGCACGGGCAGCUUACGACAAUGACAGUGACGAUGACAUUAUCGAGAUCCAGGACACCCCCAAGAAGUCUGAGACUGUUGAAAAAAUCAAGACCGAGAACAAUUCGGCGACUCCGGCCCUUGCACAACAGACACCACCGGUUUCGCGAGAAGCAUCGACAGUUGCACCUCGACCCAGCGCAAAGCGCCCUUCCACAGCAGUCAUCGACUUGACCCUAUCGGACGAUGAGGAUGAACCUCCACGGCCAGCUAAACGCACCAACACGAGUCAGAACACUUCCUUUAAUACUCCGGCGAGUCUACAAGACGGCAGGUUUGCUGACUUGGCCAACAGACCGUCUAACGUAGUAGGAUCUGGCUUACCACCAAUGAAUCCUGGCGAGACUCUUGCAUUGCCUCCGAUCAAAGCACCCCAACCGAAUGGAGGAUUACCACAAGAUCAAAGAUUACCUUGGCCAUUUGGGGCACCAACCUGGUCCGGCCCCUAUAGAGAUGCGCAAAGCUACAGCAACAGCCCUUCUAGGAGCUGA